CCGCGGACUGGGCGAGCUCGCCGACGGUGGCGUAAUCUCCCAGCCUCUCUGCGUCUCCUUUCCUCCGCCUCGGUUUGGGGCGGGGCAGGAGAAUGGCUUCGGAGAUGGAGUCGUCGCUCGAGGCGAGCUUCUCGUCCAGCGGUGCGAUGUCAGGGGCCUCAGGGUUUCUGCCCCCGGCUCGCUCCCGCAUCUUCAAGAUCAUCGUGAUUGGCGACUCCAAUGUGGGCAAGACGUGCCUGACCUACCGCUUCUGCGCCGGUCGCUUCCCCGACCGCACCGAGGCUACUAUCGGGGUGGAUUUCCGAGAACGAGCGGUGGAGAUUGAUGGGGAGCGUAUCAAGAUCCAGUUAUGGGACACAGCGGGGCAAGAACGGUUCAGAAAGAGCAUGGUCCAGCACUACUACAGAAACGUACAUGCUGUUGUCUUCGUGUAUGAUAUGACCAACAUGGCGAGUUUUCGUAGCCUGCCGUCUUGGAUAGAAGAAUGCAAACAGCAUUUGCUAGCCAACGAUAUACCACGGAUUCUUGUUGGAAAUAAAUGUGACUUGAGGAGUGCCAUUCAGGUACCCACGGACUUGGCACAGAAAUUUGCUGACACGCACAGUAUGCCUUUGUUUGAAACCUCUGCUAAAAACCCCAAUGAUAAUGACCAUGUGGAAGCUAUAUUUAUGACCUUGGCUCAUAAGCUGAAGAGCCAUAAACCGUUGAUGCUUAGUCAACCCCCUGAUAACGGAAUUACCCUGAAGCCUGAACCGAAGCCUCCAGUGACGUGCUGGUGCUAAAUCACAGUCUUUAUUGUACAAUCUAAUUUUGACUAAAGAAAUACUUUUAAAGUAUGACAGUGAUAAGACAUAGAAUUUAAUCUCAAAUAUAAUGGAUCAUCCUGACACUUUACUGUUUAUCAUUGUCCUGCUUAUUUUUGUAUUUUGUAUCUACUUCAUCAAGUUCGUCACUGCGGCAACACAAGGAAAAAGUUAGUUUUCAGAGGUUGAAGUGAAACAGAGUUAGGAUGAAUCAGAACAUCUUUCCAUUGAGAACCUAAUGAGGAAGCUUCAAAUGAGAGUAUGAUGGGAUUUUAAGAGUCAGUGAUUGUUUAAUCCUGUGUUCCUGGGAUUGAAAAAAUAUAUUAAGGGUUUAGUAUACAUAACUCGUAUGUGCUUUGAAUGGGAAGUGUUCUCAAUAGGAUAAAAACUGGUAUUUGCCUCUCCCUAGAGUUCUUUCUUUGUAUUAUUAAUGUACUUAAAUGCAUUAUUAUUGGUACAUUUUAGAGCCAAGAUUUUAGUUCCAGUGGAAGGAGAGAGCCUAGAAUGUUUUCUGGUUCUCAGUCCAUAAAGAAUGACCUUUUCAACAGUUCUAGAUGCUUGAUAUUUGAAAUCACUAUCAAUCAGGUCUACAAAAAAACAAUCAUUGUUAUUUCUAAAAGAGUAAUUUGAAUUGUUUUCUUACUAAAUUCUACACAAUAUGCAAAAGUAAAUCAGAUAAUAAGGUGCUUUAUACUUUAUUUUGAUACCUUUAAACAGUGAAAAACUAAUUGAAAGAUUUGAGGAGGUGUAAUUUGGGGAAAAAUAGCUAAACAUGGUUCCUGGCUACCACAAAAGACCUAUUCCUGGCUUUUUGUCGAGCUGUGUGUCAGACAUAGUAUCUCUUGCUCUCCCCCAACCCCCAAUCAAUUUAAUGCCUAAAGGCUGAAUAAGCAAAUCAUCUUCCAUUCGGAUUGUAACUCUGAGGGCAUACCUGUAAUUGCUAUGAGUCUACAUUUUAUUUCUGUAGUAGUACAUUACAGUACUUCUGUUGUUUAAAUCUUUAAAUUUUUAUGGUCACAACAAACUACUCC